CUUUGGCUAGACUGAUCGAACCCCACUAGUUUCCAGUCUUUGACAUAUGGAAGAGAAUCUCCCUCCUGGUUUUAGAUUUCAUCCAACUGAUGAAGAGCUUAUCAUGUAUUAUUUAACCCGCAAAGUUGCUGAUUUUAGUUUCGUAUCAAGAGCUAUUACAGAUGUGGACUUCAAUAAGUGCGAACCUUGGGACCUCCCAGGCAAGGCUACCAUGGGGGAGAAAGAAUGGUAUUUUUUUAGCUUGAAGGACCGAAAGUACCCAACUGGGCUUAGAACAAACCGAGCCACAGAUGCAGGGUAUUGGAAAACAACAGGCAAAGACAAGGAGAUCUUCCACUGUGGAGUAUUGAUAGGUUUGAAGAAAACCCUAGUAUUUUACAAGGGCAGAGCUCCCAAGGGAGAGAAGAGUAAUUGGGUGAUGCAUGAAUAUAGGCUGCAAACCAAGUUUACCUACAAACCCAUUAAGGACGAGUGGGUGGUCUGUAGGGUGUUUCAGAAGAACGCCAUCAAUAAGAAACCAUACUUCACUCCAUUCCACCCGUCUCUUGAAUCUGAUUGUGAUGACACCACGCUAGAAGGGUUUGAAUUAUCGCAUCCAAGUAGUGUAGCUAAUUCUUCAAGCUGUUUCAGUUCUGUUUCUACUAACAAUAGCAACAAUGGCAACAUUGUCAACUUAAACAUGAAUUGGACUUCUGCAAAAGAAGCAACCAACCAUCCGUCUCUCAGCUGCUCUCCAAGCUUGCUUGGUCCGGAUUUAUCAAUGAAUUCCAUGAUUUUGACGGCAUUACAGUUGGGGGGGUAUCAACCACGAGAAGCUGCAAUGACUGACUUAAGCUCUUUUCCGACGCAAGGGAACUCUCGCUUCAUAACUGAUUUGAAUUCUAAUUUCCCUGCUUCUUCCAUUGAUUCUGUGCAGCAACGACAAUUCAAUGUGGACUCUAUUUGGUGAAGCUGUGUUGAAGUCAUCGCUUCAUAAUACGUACGCCAUUUGUAAUUUGUUUUAGGUUAUCACCAUUUCCUUCUUUCGAGUAGUGCAUCAGAUAGCAUCGCAACCAUGACUCAGACGUUGGGACCGCUUAUCCAAAUCCUUCGUCAAGUGAAGCUAAGCCCUUACAAGAAGAAUCAACUUGUACUAAGAUGGUGCAGUUAGUUGACAUCAGGGGAAAUUGCCUGUUACAUCUUUUAUGUCUAACGUAACCUAACUAAUGUUUUAAUAUCUUGUUAUAAAUUGCUAUGGAAGUAUGGAACUCUUGGCUUUCAUUCAAAGACA